AUCGGUCGGUCAUUCGAUUUCCAGGUGGAGUUUGUUGUGUGUGUUGAAUCAAGUGGUUUUAGGAAAUUUUGCAAGUUGUCUUAACUUUUUUAUUUAUUUUAACUUCAACUCAAUUUUAAUUUAACAAUCAGUUUUGUGAGUUUGGAAAGUGUUUUCCAAGAUGCGUCGAGACGGUGAAGACUCCAAUGAUAACAAACCGGAACCGGAACAGUAUCGCAAACUAUUUAUCGGCGGCUUGGAUUACAGAACAACGGAUGAGUCUUUGAAAAAGCACUUUGAGAAAUGGGGAGAAAUCGUCGAUGUUGUUGUUAUGAAAGAUCCAACAACAAAACGGUCGCGUGGUUUUGGGUUCAUUACGUAUUCGAGGGCUCAUAUGGUCGAUGACGCCCAGAAUGAUCGCCCCCAUAAGGUUGACGGGCGUGUUGUUGAACCCAAACGAGCUGUCCCACGACAGGACAUUGGUAGACCUGAAGCGGGGGCCACUGUCAAAAAAUUGUUCGUGGGGGGCUUAAAGGAUGACGUAGAAGAGGAAGAUUUAAGAGAUUACUUCAAAACUUAUGGUACCAUAUUGUCCUGUACCAUUGUUACUGAUAAAGACACGGGAAAGAAACGCGGAUUUGGCUUUAUUGAAUUUGAGGAUUAUGACCCUGUAGAUAAAAUUUGUUUAUAUCGCCACCACCAAAUUCGCGGGAAGCACAUAGACGUUAAAAAAGCCCUCAGUAAAGCAGAGAUGGACCGGGCGAAUCAAGGGGGCGGCAAUAUGGGCGGUGGAGGCGGCCCUCGCGGAGGUCGUGGUGGAGGACGGGGCAACUACGGAGGCGGAGGCGGUAGUAACUGGAAUCGAGGAGGUCCUAGUGGCGACUGGAAUAACUCUCAAGGUGGUUACAACAGCGGUAAUUCUUGGGGCAACAACCCUUGGGAUAACCAGUCAGGCAACAACUGGGGCGGUCCUCAGAGUUCCGGUUACAAUUCUGGUGGAAACUGGAGCGGUUCCAAUGAUAAUUAUAGUGGUGGUUAUCAGCAGAAUUACGGAGGCGGCCCCGUGCGUAACAACUACCAACAGAACCGUCCGGCCCCUUACAAAUCGUUAAAGGCAAUUGAUAGCAGGAAGAAAAUGGAUUAAUAAUUACACAUACACACACAGACUGUUGAUAAUCCUGGCGGCGGAUAUGGAGGCAAUUAUGGCAAUCAAAACGGUGGAAAUAUGGGCGGUCCAGGCAACAGGAGAUACAAUAACAUGUAAGUGCAACUGGGCAACGCUGCUAAAACAGUGCCAGGUGUACAUAUGUUUCAUAUCCGAAUCCUCAAAAAAGCAUAUAGCAUAUAACAGUUAUAUUUAUAAAAUGUAGUUCACCACCGGAAUAUUAACACGUUUCUGUGAGAAUAUAAAAUUUUUGGUUUGGCAAUUUUCUUAUUGCCAAUUCAGAAAUUACCUUACGAACAUUUUGAGGUGUUGUUAGUGAUCUUUUGUGUAUUAAUUAUGUUCAUUGGUCAUGAAUUGGUGUCCAGGAAUCUUUAUAGCGUUACGACGCCACUAUGUUAGGUCACUAUUACUAGAUAUAGGUUACUUAUUUAUAUUGACUUGUGUACUUUGAUUAUUUAUUAAAGUUCAUAAAAUUAUUAAA